GGACUUGCAUCCUUGUCCAUCUCUCUCGGUCUCAGCCUCUUACAGAGAACAAGAAAGGGACCAGAGCGCAAGGAAGCAGGUGACUAGUGCUAUCUCGUAGAAUGGCGGGGUGGCUGCCCGCCUUGCUGCUCUGCCUCUUCUUCUCGGUCGGAGUCAGCACCUGGCGGCAGCUCGCCCUCGCCGGCGCCGCAUCCAGCUCCAAGAUUGUGACCAGCCUCCCUGGGUUCCCCGGCCGCCUUCCCUUCCACCUCGAGACAGGGUAUGUGGAGGUGGACGAGGACAACGGCGCCGAGCUGUUUUACUACUUCGUGGAGUCCGAGGCCGGCGGUGAGAAUUCCCCUUUCCUUCUCUGGCUCACCGGCGGCGACCACUGCUCGGUACUCAGCGGCCUCGCCUUGGAGAUCGGUCCAUUCCAAUUCGUCGCAGAGCCUUACAAUGGCACUGUGCCUAGCCUGGAAAUCAAUCCUUACUCAUGGACGAAGGUGGCAAAUAUCCUAUUUGUGGAUACACCGGUUGGGGCAGGGUUUUCCUUUUCUAGGAAACCCGAAGGAUACAAUGUGGGGGAAAUAUCUACCUCGUUGCAGCUCCAUGAACUACUCCUCCAGUGGUUCAUUGACCAUCCCAAGUUCCUCGCAAGCCGCCUCUACAUCGGGGGAGACUCGUAUGCUGCAAAAAUUGUACCUUUUAUAGCUCAGAAGAUUUCAGAAGGUAUCGAAGCUAGAAGGAGCCCCAUCCUUAAUCUCAAGGGCUAUUUGGCAGGCAACCCGCGGACAGGGGAAAACAUUGAUAUAAGCUCCAUGGUGCCAUACGCUCAUGGAUUCGGUAUAAUAUCCGAUCAACUGUACGAGACGAUAUCUAGGCAUUGCCAAGGUGAAGACUACAACAGCCCUACAAAUGCAUUAUGUGCUCAAGCUCUGGGCACUUUCAACAGUCUCCUCUCCGAAGUUAUGUCCGCCCAGAUUUUGCUGGACACAUGCGCUUAUGCAUCUAGCGGUCCACGUACUGCCACAGAUAAAUCAGAUGGUGAUGCUCGAAAGAUCCUAAGCGAGGAAGCUGGAAUUUUAAUGGGGAAACAAGUGAACAAUCCACCACCACGUGUGCCACCUGGCUGUAUUAGCUACACCGCUUACCUGUCGUAUUACUGGGCAAACAACGAGCUGACCCGAGAAGCCCUGGGAAUCAAGAAGGGAACCGUGGACGAGUGGCUGAGGUGCCAAAGUGGCAACAUGCCGUUCACCAGAGACAUCAAGAGCAGCAUCAAGUACCACCGGAACGUCACGGCCAACGGUUACCGUGCGCUGAUCUACAGCGGUGAUCAUGAUGCAAUUGUGCCGCACCUGGGGACGCAGGCAUGGGUGAGGUCGCUCGGCUUCCCCAUUGUCGACGGCUGGAGGGCAUGGCAUCUCCAUGGCCAGUCCGCUGGAUUCACUAUAAGUUAUUGGAACAACAUGAUAUUCGCGACGGUGAAGGGAGCUGGACAUACUGCCCCUCAGUACGAGCCCGAGAGGUGCUUCGCCAUGUUCAGCCGUUGGAUACUGGAUCAUCCACUCUAGGCUACAGUAUUCUACGUUAUCUAGUAGUUAUACACAAAUAUCAUUUCCAUCUAUUAUGUACUAGUACCACCGUUUAUCUGGAUGUCUCUUUAGUUUACAUGAUAAUCUGCAGACUUGGAAGAGCUUCCUAACAUGAUCAGGGCCGGCUCCAUAGAACGUGAUGGUAGGUAAAAAAAACCAGGUAGGUCACUUUGUAUGUCAAAAAACCCGAAUGUUCGAUAUGGUCCGCUUCUGACUUA